UGUGCUUGUCCACUUUAUUGAAAGAAUUAUUACUAUACUUUUACCUACGCGACUGGAAUGGAGAUUGCGAUUAACCACGGAUCCGCCCUUUCAAUAUCAAUCACCAGUCCUUGUACUGUACUGUACUCCCGUACAUGCUCCUAGAGGCUUUAUUUAUCCCAAUUACUCCGACCAUCAACGGGGACAUCUGGUCACAUUGAGAUAUUAGAACUCCAAGGCUCUCAUCCAACGCCCUGCUUGCCAGAUGGGGGCCGCCGGAAAGCUGCGGCAUCUGAAAAGAGCCAGAACAAGUUUUUUUUUUUUUUUUUUUUUUUUUUUUUCCUCGUCCGACUCCUGAGAAAUCAGGCCCUACCUAGGUAUCCAUAACUGAUAGAUAUAUAGCCUUCCUAGCAUUUAUGAUUAGAGUUUACAAUAAUUCUUCCAAUCUCGUGCUUAAGCUUUCCGAUCCUUUCUACAUGAAUACCCGAGUCCGUCAGAUGCAUACGUGUAUUCCUUCCGCUGCAACCUUGCUUCUGAACAAUGUUCUAGUCCAUCUCUUACUUCAAUUCAAGAAGUGGCCCUAUAUCUAUUUUCGUUCCCCAAACUUGUCCAUAACUGACAGUCAGAGACUAGUUACAUGAUGUCAUAAAGUUUCUUUUCACACCACACAAGACUCAAGAAUCGAUACAAAAUAGGCAGGAAUUUUCAACCGCGCAACUCUACGAAAUAAUUAUCUGCUUCGCGGUGAAGUUGACAAACGUUCGGAAACCAAGGGCCUCUCCUCACUACGUGUCCGGAAUAUCUGUGCGUUUUCUAGCAAAGUGAACGAUGGAGAAGCAUUCCCUAAAGGAUUACUACGUAAAAGCAUCCGAAGCGCUAACAAGGCGUGUCGGGAAGCUAUCACGGGGCAUCAAACGCAGUAGGAGAAAGGAGACGGUUCAAGUUUCCUAUCAAGACGGUCUACCGCCAUUUUUCAACUUAAGUGACGAUGUCAUUUAUUAUCUUAUUAAGGCAAUCCCUCCCGCGGAUGGAGCAGCACUCGCUGUGACAUGCAAAGCCAUAUGGUUCAUAAUCGGCGGGUCCCCCGGUGUUCGGAAGCUCAUUGAAAACAAGAAAGAUCGCGUUAGCCUCCUCGCGAGGCUGGAGAUCUUCUUUCCUCAACAUGUUCUCUGUCAUCAAUGCGCGGUUUUCCAUCGCCGUCAGAAACUAAACCGUCAUAUAUCAUUCCAGCCAAGACCUUGUGAUGAGGUGAACAGACCUAUAAAGUUUUGGGACUGUUUUUACCAUCUCCCGUUCUCCCUGGCUAAAGAGGUUAUGAAUCGUCACCGAUACGGGAAGGACUAUGGAUGCCCGAUAUCCGAGAUUGGUUGUUGUGCGGGAGAACUUGGAUGCCCUGAACAUUUCAGAUUUCGGCGUUUAUUUGGUAGCGCCAAGAUCGUCAAUGGCAAUCUAGUUCUGCAAACAGACCAGUAUGCAGUGUUAUGUGGUAAAGAAGGGCCAGUUUUGCCAUCUGCGAAUUUUUUCCACUCUCGGAAUGGCACGUUUCCAACGCUCCUUUUCUCCAAAAUCAGGGGGAAGAGGGAAUGUACAUUCAUGCGAUGCCCGGACUGCUCUUCUGAAUUUCGAUUGCUUGUUGACAGGGUAGAAGGGAAGAAUCUAGUUAGGCAAAGGAUCACGACUUGGAUAAACGCCGGAGCUUGCGAAACACCGUAUGAUCCUCAGUGGAUAUCGGCGGCGGGCUGUCAGUGUGCAGGUGUUCGAGAUUGUCACCGUAUCACACCAGAGGAUUCCUUAUAUCUUAGCCACUAUAACGAGAGACCGCCUUCUGACCAGAAACGGGGCUUUUUAAACUUAUCGUGGAGGGAUUUUAGGCCUGACCCUUUUCUAUUUGGAAUUUCAUUCUAGUUACACAACAGAAGAGGGGAGGGAUGGAGGGGAUCGCUGCCUGCUAUCACCAGGAUACAAGGGAAAAAAAAUUAAAAUCAAAAUUCAAAGAAGUCUCGAACAGCCACACUGGCACAAACAAAGCGGGAAACAAAAAGUGAAAUGCAAGUAUGCCUGUUCAAUCCAACAAUAAUAGCACAAUAAGGAGCAAAAGCCGACACUAUCUCCAUGUUGGCUGGGAAAAGCCUGCCCUUUUUCAGGAGAAUGAUUAAAGAGCCAACACUCGUUUAUUUCACGGAGGCCAGGACCCUUCAGGGAACCCCAGCUCAGAGGGACCAUCGUUCCAAUCCCGAACAGGCCCCUUGCUGCUAGCAAAUUAACUCAAAAGUGACCCCCCUGAACUACUCUCCAUCACCACAAGUCACCACUGCGCGACCCGAGACUCCACUCACUACGCCAAUUUUCCGAAAAUUAAUCUUAAUAAAUGGGAUGGAAAGGGCUAUAUGAACGGCUCAAGGGCAUAUCUGCAUAUAAACUUCUUAUAUGCAUGUAAAUAUGUUUUAAUAACUUAUUAAAUAAUAUACUCGCACAACUAAUAUCUAAUAUUAAGGAGAUUGUUUUGAAAAAGUAUCCGCCAGCAUGGCAAUAUGCAUCAUCAUAUAACGAUAAAUUCUAUCUCCCAUCCAUCCCUCACAAGUGAU